AUGUCGUACCGCGACAAGCCAGAGGACGUGGUCGCCGCCGAAGAGUACGAGCUCGGUGCGCGCGACAACGAGCCCCUCCUUCCUCGGUAUGAGGACCAUGAGCGCCAGCCUUCCCCGUCCCCUGCCAACUCUAAGCGGCGCCAGCAGCGCCGUCGCCGUUUCCCGUUCCUCUGCCUCGGCGUCAGCGUCGCGUUCGUGCUCCUCUGCUUCGCCGGCAGUGCCGUGUACUAUAAGAAGAAUGGGGGCGACCUGAGUGCGAUCGAGGACAACAUUCCUGGACCAGUCAAGAGCUGGGCAGACACAAUGUUCGGCGACGUGGUUGGCCUCAACGACAACAAGCACUUCCCUACUGAUAUCGGAUACGCUGGACCGACGCCGACCGGCCUGGAGGCUGCACUCGUCGUCACGGCGCCGGCGUUCCCGCUGUACAGUGGCGUGGCACCUCUCAUUAGGCCUUCCACGGACCGCGAGGAUUUCGACAUGAUGCGCCACUGGGGAAACUUGAGCCCGUACCGCUCUGUCAAGAGCCACGGGCUCAAGAAGUCGAGCCAGGCCAUCCCGGACCAUUGCGAGCUCGAGGAGAUGCACUGGCUGCAGCGCCACGGUGCGCGCUACCCUACGUCUAAUCCUAUGGGCCCCGCUGGCCUGUCGGAGCGCCUGAAGAAGGGUGGCAAGUGGAAUGCGUCUGGCGCGCUCUCCUUCCUCAACGACUGGGAAUACAAACUCGGCGCUGAGCUGCUCACCCCCUUCGGCCGUAGCCAGCUCUACAACCUCGGUGUGGCCGCGCGCGUUAAGUAUGGCUUCCUGCUGGACCGGAUGAAGGACCGCCUCCCCGUGUUCCGCACCGAGACCCAGGACCGCAUGCUGCGCUCUGCCCAGAACUUCGCUGCAGGCUUCUUUGGUAUCCCGGCCGAGGACCAGUACAACCUUGAGGUCAUGAUUGAGUGGCCCGGGUUCAACUCGUCACUCGCACCAUACCACUCCUGCCCUAACGACCUCAAGGUCUACCCUCUUGUGCGCGCAAAGAUUGCCGAGUGGGACAAGGUGUUCCUCAGGAACGCGCACAAGCGGCUCCAGGAGUACAUGAAGGGCUACGAGCUCUCGCUGCACGACGUCAUCAACAUGAUGGACAUGUGCCCGUACGAGACGGUCGCGCUCGGUCACUCGGCGUUCUGCUCGCUCUUCACCGAGAAGGAGUGGCGCGGAUACCAGUACCGCAACGACAUCUUCUGGUGGUACGCGGCGUCGUUCGGCGCACCCGUCGCGCGUGCCGAGGGCCUGGGCUGGAUGCAGGAGCUCACGGCGCGCCUGACGCACACGCCGCUCACGCAGUUCAACUCGUCGGUCAACUCGACGCUGCACAACGACAUCCACUUCCCCGUCAGCGACCCGCUCUACGUGGACUUCACCCACGACACGACUUUCGCGCAGCUGCUUCCAACGCUGAACCUGACGACCUUUGCGUCGCAAGGACCGCCUCCUCUUGACCACAUCCCGAAGGACUGGCCCUUCGUGUCCUCUAAGUUUGCUCCGUUCGCCACCAACUUGCAAGUGCAGGUGCUCUCGUGUGCGGCGCACAGAAAGGCGUCGGCGGACGAAGACGACAAGCCGAGCUGGUGGCCGUUCAAGCCGGCCGAUGAUGAAGAGACUGUCGAGACUCGGUUCGACAAGCGCGAUGAUGACGACGACGAAGGCGCUGACGAAACGCCCGAGCCGACUGACAAGGGUCGCUUCGUACGCAUCAUCCUCAACGACGCACCUGUCCCGUUGACCGGUAUCAAUGGGUGCAAGAAGGACCGCGACGGGCUGUGCGAGAUCGAAGCGUUCGUGUCGAGCAUGCACGCGCUCAUUGGCGAGACGGACUUUGCGCAGGCCUGCCACGACGACUAUGACUUCCACGCCGAGGUCAUGGACGGGCGGCCGCUGUAA